ACCAUACCUACCUUGCCCAAGGUAAAUCGCGGGCGCCUCUUCUCAUGGCGCCUCCCACCCAGGCGCUCAACCUCGAUGUCGAGGCCAUCUCGGGCAUCUGCGGGUGCGUGAUUAAAUUACGCCGCCCAGCUUUCCGUCCGUUCGUCCAGCCAUUCUAACUUACUGUGUACAGGUCUAUAUCGAUCGCCUGCUGGGUCGUCGUCUUCUCGCCGCAGAUUAUCGAGAACGUCCGCCGCGGCAGCGCCGAUGGCCUGUCCAUCCAGUUCAUAGUCGUCUGGCUGCUGGGCGACGUCUUCAAUAUAUUGGUAUGACGUUCUUUCAUCUCUUAAUCUACCCCAAUACUAAGACUUGUUCUCAAAGGGCGCCGUGCUGCAAGGCGUGCUGCCCACCAUGGUCAUCCUGGCCUUUUACUACACAAUUGCCGACUUUGUGCUGCUUGGACAGUGCUUCUACUACCGGGGCUUCACGCUGCGGGACAGCGUGUUGCCGCCGGCGACGACCAAGCCUAAGCCCAAGAGCCGCGCCGCGUCCCGGCGCCAGCAGGAGCAGCAUCAGCAGGCUACCGAGCGCACCGCCCUGCUCCCGGCCGCGGCGCCCUCGUACUUCGAGGACCGCGAGCGCCGCGGCUCCGACUGGUCGCACCUGUCGCCGGCGGUCCCGCUGGUGAGCGGGGCCGACGUGGCGGUGCGGCCGCCCCCGGCGCCGCCCACGCGGCUGCAGGCUGCGGCGUCCAACAUGCUGGCCAUCGUCAUGGUGUGCGCGGCGGGCGUGCUCGGCUGGUGGCUGAGCCGGGGCUACGGGGAGCCGCCGGCGGGGGCCGAGGGCGGCGAGAACGCGCCUCCCAUGACUAUGAACCUGUGGGGCCAGGUGUUUGGGUGGCUGUGCGCGGCGCUGUAUCUGGGCUCGCGGCUGCCGCAGCUGCUGCUCAACUACCGGCGCAAGUCGACCGACGGCGUGUCUAUGCUGUUCUUCCUGUUCGCGUGCCUGGGCAACCUCACGUACGUGCUGUCCAUCGUGGUCUUUGACCCGGCGUGUGAGGUCGACGGCGAGUGCCGCCAGGGAGAAGCCGCGGCCAUCUACCGCCAGUACAUGCUCGUCAACCUGUCGUGGCUGGCGGGCAGCGCGGGCACGCUGCUGCUGGACCUGGGCAUCUUUGUGCAGUUCUUUGUGUAUGACAAGAGCGGCGAGGACGACGACGAUGAUGAGAGCUCGUUUGAGGGCAGCAACGACGGCACGCUAGACGAGGAGCAGAGCAUCGACGGCGAGGCGUGGGACGAGAGGCCUGUGCUAGAGAGGAACAUUUCGGUGUAUUCGACGUGAACAGGGGCUAAUCUCAGAAUAGAAGGGAACAUAAAAGGAACAUAAAAGGGGAUCUACGGAAUAAAAAGGGAUGGGAAAUAAAAGAAAAAAAUAGAAUGGUUGUAUGCAUGUAUAGGUAUGAGGUAUGAAUGUAUGACUGCUCGUGUAAAAGGAACCCAUAUUCUAUCUCUCUCUGGUCACAUUCAUACCGUCAUCCGAGCUUCCCGCUUUGUGCUUGAAUACGCGCACCGCACCUCAAGAGGUCUUAUCCACCCAGCGCGUGCUCCAAGUCGCGAAUACGCAAAAACAGGGCGCCGUUUUAUUUAUUUGGGGCAAGUAUCAUGGCACUAAAAGUGGAUUGCCCAACUGGGAAGACACGUGCUGUCCCGCAUUUUGACAAUAGAUGCAACUCCGAUUCCCCCAGGCUUCAUUCA